CAAAAGAUUCAUAGUUUCGAAGCUUCGUGUUGUGAAUUUGCCCAUUACCACAUUAUGCUUUCCUGUUUUAAAUCAAAACAGAUUUAGGUGUGGAAUCUCUAAUAAGGAAAACGGUGAAUCAAACCUGACUGAUGGAGCGAUCUUCGAAAUAAUCGGGAUGGAAAAUUGCCUGGUUAUAAAGAUGGAACAGCAUGAAAACAGCCAUACAAUGCCAGAUGUGAAGACAAAAACCGGCCAGUCCUCACCUAGGCAAAGGCGGGAGAAUAAAAGACAAUAUCAGAAGGAACUGAAAGAAGAUUCUGUCACUCGCCAUCAACGUGGGAUGCCUUUCAUUCAACAAGCAAACCUUAAGCAGCACAUGAGAAGUCACUCUGAAGAGAAAGCUUUCAGCUGCUCUGAAUGUGGAAAGAGUUUCAAAAAGAAGAGGAUCCUUAAAGACCACAUGACCAUUCACUCUGAAGAGAAAGCUUUCACCUGCUCUGAAUGUGGAAAGAGUUUCAAAAAGAAGAGGAUCCUUAAAGACCACAUGACCAUUCACUCUGAAGAGAAACCUUUCACCUGCUCCGAGUGUGGAAAGAGUUUCAAAAUGAAGAGGAUCCUUAAACAACACAUGAAAGUUCACUCUGAAGAGAAACCUUUCACCUGCUCCGAGUGUGGAAAGAGUUUCAAAAUGAAGAGGAUCCUUAAACAACACAUGAAAGUUCACUCUGAAGAGAAACCUUUCACCUGCUCCGAGUGUGGAAAGAGUUUCAAAAUCAAGAAGAUCCUUAAACAACACAUGAAAAUUCACACUGGAGAGAAACCUUUCGCCUGCUCUGAGUGUGGAAAAGGUUUCACAGUGAAACAAAACCUUAAAUAUCACAUGAGAAAUCACACAGGAGAGAAACCCUUUACCUGUCCUGAGUGUGGAAAGAGUUUCAUUGUGAACAAGAGUCUUAAACAACACAUGAAAGUUCACACUGGAGAGAAGCUUUUCACCUGCUCUGAGUGUGGAAGGAGUUUUGCUUUUAAACAACCCCUUGAGAAACACAUGAGAAUUCACACUGGAGAGAAACCUUACAUAUGCCCUGAGUGUGGAAACAGUUUCAGAGACAGACAAAAUCUUAAUGUUCACAUGAGAAUUCACACUGGUGAAAGGCCUUAUGUCUGCCCUCAAUGUGGAAAGGGUUGCAGAUUGAGACAAAACCUUCAGAAUCACAUGAGAAUUCACACUGGAGAAAAGCCUUUCAUUUGCCCUCUGUGUGGAAAGAGUUGCAGAAUGAGACAAAACCUUGAGAGACACAUGAGAAUUCACACUGGAGAGAGACCUUUCACCUGCUCCGAGUGUGAAAAGAGUUUCACAAUGAAACAGCGCCUUACGAGACACAUUCGAACUCACACUGGAGAAAAACCUUUCACCUGCCCUCAGUGUGGAAAGAGAUUUGCACAACAAGGACAACUUAAAUGUCACAUGAGAAGUCACACUGGAGAGAAGCCGUUUAACUGUCCUCAUUGUGAAAAGAGUUUCACAAUUAAACGAAACCUUGAGAUUCACAUGAGAAUUCACACAGGGGAAAAGCCUUUCAGCUGCUCUAAACGUGGAACAAGUUUUACAGUAAAACGAAACCUCACCAGUCACAUGAGAAUUCACACUGGAGAAAAGCCUUUCACUUGCACUGAAUGUGAAAGGAGUUUCACAGUGAAACGAAAUCUGGACAGUCACAUGAGAAUUCACACUGGAGAAAAGCCUUUCACCUGCCCUCAAUGUAAAAAGAGUUUUAAAGUGAAACAAAGCCUUGAGAGUCACAUGAAAAUUCACACUGGAGAAAGGCCUUUCACCUGCACUGAAUGUGGAAAGAGUUUCACAGUGAAACGAAACCUUGAGGGUCACAUGAGAAUUCACACUUAA